UCAGCCUGACCCACAGAAGGAAGAGAGCAGCCCUCCCCGCUGGCACCAUCCCCGCCGCUGGCUGCGAGCGGAGAGUUUUAGCGGAGAAAACCCAACUUUAAAGGACCGGGGAGAAGGGUGAGUGGGUGGGCUUUUCCCCCACCUGGCCGCCAUGCAGUUCAGCCUCCUCGCUCUCCUGGCUCUCCUCGGUGCCCUGCUGGCAGCCCGGGGGGCGAAGGGCAGCCAGAGGAGAGCCAGCGAGGGGGUCUUCCGCCGCCGCGCCCACCGCGUCCAGCAAGGGCGCUGCAGUUACACCUUCGUCCUGCCCGAAGCGGAUCCUCCCCCCUGCCAAACCCCCGGAGACCCUCCGGCCAUCAACGCCCUGCAGAGGGAUUCCCCCGGGGACCCUUUUCCCGAGGGGCAGCCCACCCCCAGGGUCCAACAGCUGGAGAGGAUUUUGGAGAACAACACUCAGUGGCUCCUGAAGUUGGAGAAUUUCAUCCAGAUGAACAUGAAGAGUGAGAUGGCCCACAUCCAGCAGAAUGUGGUGCACAACCAGACGGCAGCCAUAUUGGAGAUCGGCACCAAUCUUUUGAGCCAGACAGCUGAGCAGACACGGAAACUGACCGAUGUGGAGACCCAGGUGCUGAACCAAACCUCCCGCAUCGAAAUACAACUCCUGGAGAAUUCGCUGUCCACGAACAAGUUGGAACGGCAGCUCCUGGUGCAGACCAGCGAGAUCCACAAGCUCCAGGAUCAGAACAGCAUCUUAGAAACUCGAGUCCGGCAGAUGGAAACGAAGCACUUGAAGGAGCUGGAGGACAUUCGGACCGAGAAGGACCAGCUCCAGCAGCUGGUGAGCCACCAGAGCAACACAAUUGAAGGUCUGGAGAAGUCCCUUCAUGUCGCCAGCAGUAACGCCAGCCUUCUUCAGCAGCAGCAGCUGCAGCUCCUGGAAUCGGUCCAGAAUUUGGUCUCCUUAGUCUCCGAAGGAAAAGUUCUUCUGAAAAAAGAAGACCGGCUGUUCCAGGACUGCAUGGACAUCCUUCAAUCUGGAUUCAACCUCAGUGGGGUUUACACACUCCACAUUAACAAUCUGACUGAACCCAAAAAGGCCUUUUGCGACAUGGAAACUGAUGGAGGAGGCUGGACGGUCAUUCAACGCCGGAUCAACGGCAGUGUUAGCUUCCAAAAAACCUGGAAAGAAUAUAAACAGGGCUUUGGAGUCGCGGCUGGGGAAUACUGGCUGGGGAACGAGGCCAUCCAUCUCUUGACCAGCCAGGCCGCCUCCGCUCUCAGGGUGGAGCUUCUGGACUGGGAAGGCAACCAGGCUUAUGCCCAGUAUGACAAAGUCCGUCUGACAGGCGAGCGCCAGCGCUACAGGCUCGCUCUGAGAGGCUACAAGGGCUCAGUGGGUCUCCAAAGCGCACUGCCAUUCCAGGGAACAUCCUUCAGCACCUGGGACUCCGAUAAUGACAACUGCAUGUGCAAAUGUGCCCAAAUGCUCUCUGGCGGUUGGUGGUUUGACGCCUGCGGCCAAUCUAACCUAAACGGUAUUUACUAUCCGGCUCGCCAUAACAUCCGGAAAUUGAAUGGCGUCCGCUGGCAUUACUUCCAAGGCCCAGGAUACUCAUUAAAAGCCACGCGGAUGAUGAUCAGGCCUUCUGGCGGCCGCGAAGGGGCGUGAUGAGACUGAGCGGGAUGCUCUACCUCCGAGUCAGAU